AGUUACUUUCACAUAAAGGAAACUUGUGUUUUCGUUACUAAAUAAUUUAAGUGUUAAUCAAACUUACUAGGGUUGAUGUGAAUUGUGAUCACAAAUGGCCUUCAAUUAUGUGGUGACCGCUCACAAGGGCUCCGGUGUGUCCAACUGUGUCACAGGCAACUUCACGUCCGCCACGGAUCUGAAUCUAUUGAUCGCCAAAUCGACGCGAAUAGAGAUCUAUUUGGUGACCGCCGAGGGGUUGCGUCCCAUCAAAGAGAUCGCAAUCUAUGGCAGAGUGACGAUAAUGAAGACCUUCCGACCGGAGGGCGAGAAGAAGGACCUGUUGUUUCUAGUGACGAUAAUGAAGACCUUCCGACCGGAGGGCGAGAAGAAGGACCUGUUGUUUCUGUUGACAUACAAAUACAACGCCUCAAUACUCGAGUGUCUCCGCGACGGCGACUCCUUUGAAGUGGUGACCCGAGCGCACGGCAACGUCGCCGACACCAUCUCCCGGCCCUCGGAGACCGGUUCCAUCGGAAUGAUUGAUCCAAACGGCAAACUCAUUGGCCUUCGACUCUAUGACGGAUUGUUUAAGGUCAUACCUCUGGAUCGCGACUCCAAAGAACUGAAAGCAUUUAAUAUACGAAUGGAAGAGUUGAAUGUGUCGGACGUGCAGUUCCUUCACGGGUGCGCUAACCCUACCAUUGCGUUCAUACAUCAGGACAACACCUCCAGACACGUGAAGACGUAUGAGAUAUCGUUGUCGGAGAAGGAGUUCGUGAAGGGGCAGUGGAAACAAGACAACGUGGAGUCGGAGGCGUCGAUCCUCAUACCGGUGCCGCAGCCCUACUGCGGCGCUCUCGUCAUCGGCCAGGAGUCGAUCGUAUACCUGAACGGCGAGAAGGAGUACUGCGCGAUUGCACCGCCGCCCAUCAGACAGUCCACGAUCACCUCCUACUGCAAAGUGGAUGCCUUGCGGUACCUGUUGGGCGACAUGUCUGGCCGUCUCUUUAUGUUAAUACUCAGGAGUGAGGACCAGAGGGUUAAGGACUUGAAGUUGGAAUUGUUGGGCGAAAUCACAAUUCCCGAGUGUUUGACAUAUUUGGAUAACGGUGUCGUGUAUGUGGGCUCACGUAUGGGUGACUCGCAGUUAGUGAAACUCAACUUAGAGCCCAAUGAGAGCGGAGGGUUUGUCGACAUUAUCGAGACGUAUACUAAUUUGGGUCCAAUUGUUGAUAUGAUUGUCGUGGACCUGGACAGACAGGGUCAGGGACAGCUCAUCACCUGUUCCGGUGCUUUCAAAGAAGGUUCGUUACGUAUAAUCCGUAAUGGGAUCGGUAUUCAAGAACAGGCGACUAUAGACUUGCCGGGCAUUAAGGGGGUCUGGCAGUUGAGGGUCAACUCGGCGUACGAUAACAUACUUGUGCUGUCAUUUGUGGGUCAGACCAAAGUGCUUAUGCUUACCGGUGAAGAAGUAGAGGAGACAGAACUGCCUGGAUUUGACACAACACAACAGACACUGUUUUGCGGUAACGUUAGGGACGACCUCUUACUACAGGUGACCGCAAACAACAUCAGACUUAUCUCAACCGAAACCAAACAGAUGUGCAACGAAUGGACGCCCGAACAGCACAUAUCUGUAGUCUCGAGUAAUACCUCGCAAAUCGUAUGCGCGGCUCGUAAUCAACUCUAUUAUCUGGAAAUUCACGACCAAUUGAUUAAAUUGGUGAACAAAACGCAGACUGAGUUCGAGAUCGCAUGCCUCGACAUUAACCCCAUCUCCGGAACUAAGAGUUCUUUGUGUGCUGUCGGCCUCUGGACUGAUAUCUCUGUCAGAUUAAUCCAUUUGCCGGACUUGGUUGAGAUGCAUAAGGAGAGUCUGGGCGGUGAGAUAAUCCCGCGCUCUAUACUUGUGGCCGCUUUCGAGCAGUCAUACUAUCUGUUGACGGCUUUGGGCGACGGAUCGCUGUUUUAUUUCACACUAAACCCAACGACCGGUUGUUUGUGUGACCGCAAGAAAAUCACUUUAGGAACACAACCCACGGUCCUCAAGACAUUCUCGUCCUCUUCGACGACAAACAUCUUCGCCUGCAGUGAUCGGCCGACUGUUAUCUACUCAUCGAAUAAUAAAUUAGUCUUUUCUAACGUCAAUCUUAAGGAAGUGAAUCACAUGUGUCCACUCAAUUCGGACGCUUUCCGGGAGUCGUUGGCUUUGGCCAGUGAUACGCAACUACUUAUCGGACAAAUCGAUGAAAUACAGAAACUCCACAUCAGAACAGUGCCGUUGAAGGAAUCGCCGCGAAGGAUAGCCUAUCAGGAGUCGACCCAAACAUUUGGUGUCAUAACUAUGAGGCACGACAUACAGGGCGAGGACGGCUUGGUUCCCAUUCGCAACAGUGCCAGCUGUACAGCCCAAAACAUAACGUACUCGUCAUCCAUACCAACGAUUGUAAAGCCGAGCAAUGCUUCAAAUAUGGAGCAAAUAGGUCUUGAAGUAGAGGUCCAUCACCUGUUGAUUAUAGAUCAGCACACCUUUGAAGUACUUCAUGCGCACCAAUUCAUGGUUAAUGAGUACGCGUUGAGUGUUAUCUCUGCUAAAUUAGGUGAUGACCCGAUCUCUUACUACAUCGUCGGCACGUGUUUCGUGAAUCCGGACGAACCGGAGCCCAAAUUGGGGCGAAUUAUUGUCUUUCAUUUGUCGGACGGAAAGUUACAACAAGUGGCAGAAAAGGAGAUUAAAGGCGCGCCCUAUACUAUAGUCGAGUUCAACGCCAAACUCUUGGCCGGUAUUAACUCAACCGUUCGCCUCUUCGAGUGGACUCAACAAAGAGAUCUUCACAAUGAGUGCUCGUAUUUUAACACAAUUAUAGCACUGUAUCUCAAAACAAAGGGUGACUUCAUUUUGAUCGGAGAUCUCAUGCGAUCGAUGACUCUAUUGUCGUAUAAGCCAUUAGAAGGCAAUUUUGAAGAGAUAGCCCGAGACUUUCAGCCAAAUUGGAUGACAGCCGUCGAGAUCUUAGACGACGACACGUUCUUGGGUUCAGAGAAUUCGUUCAAUUUGUUUGUUUGUCAGAAAGACAGCGCGGCCACUAAUGAUGAGGAGCGGCAACACUUGCAAGAAGUCGGUCUCUUUCAUGUGGGAGAGUAUAUCAAUAUCAUGAGACACGGAUCACUUGUUAUGCAACAUCCGGGAGAGAUAACUACACCCAUUCAGGGAACGCCUGUCCUUUUUGGCACAAUUUUUGGUGCAAUCGGACUUGUGGCUCAGUUACCGCAGGACUACUUCUGCUUUUUACGUGACUUCCAGUCGCGUCUCAAUAAAGUGAUCAAAUCUGUCGGUAAAAUAGAUCACGACUUUUGGCGCUCAUUCAGUACUGAGAGGAAGACUGAGGCGUCGUUUGGUUUUAUUGACGGCGAUCUCAUUGAAUCGUUUUUGGACUUAAGUCGCGAUAAAAUGCAAGAAUGCGUUAAAGACUUAAUGAUCGACACCGACGGCAGUGGUAUGAAAAGGGAGGCGACGGUCGACGACUUGAUUAAGAUUGUGGAGGAAUUGUCGCGAAUCCAUUAAAAUUGUAAUUUAGACUUAAAAUCG